CUAGGGUUUUAGUGGCAUCCCCUCUCUCUCCUCUAGCCGUCGCCGCCCAGCUCGGCUCCUCUCUCUCCUCCCCUCCGCAGCGCCGCGGCGAAGUCCGAAUCGAAGGCGAAGCGGACCUCACCGGAGCUCCGGCAAUGGGCGGCGAGAAGGAUAGCCUCGACCUCUCCGACCUCAACGCCUCCCUCCCCGCCGCCGCCGCAGCGCUCAGCGCCGAGGACCGCGCCGGCCUCGUCAAUGCCUUAAAGGAUAAGCUGCAGAGCUUGGCGGGCCAGCACGCCGGUGUGCUAGAGACGCUCUCGCCCAACGUCAGGAAGCGUGUUGAGUUUUUGAGGGAGAUCCAGGGCCAGCACGAUGAGAUUGAGGCGAAGUUUUUUGAAGAACGAGCUGCACUUGAAGCUAAGUACCAGAAGCUUUACGAACCAUUGUACACAAAGAGGUAUGAAAUUGUAAACGGAGUUGUGGAGGUUGAUGGUGUCAGUGAUGAACCAACCAGUGAAAAUGCUGCUGAGGGAAAAGAAUCAGAUGCCAAAGGAGUUCCAGAUUUUUGGCUUACUGCUAUGAAAACGAAUGAAGUGUUAUCUGACGAGAUCCAAGAGCGUGAUGAGGCUGCUUUGAAAUAUCUAAAAGAUAUCAAGUGGUCUAGAAUUGUGGAUCCUAAGGGUUUCAAGCUGGAAUUUUUCUUUGAUACAAAUCCUUUCUUCAAGAACUCUGUCCUAACGAAAACCUACCACAUGGUUGAUGAAGAUGAUCCUAUUUUGGAGAAAGCAGUUGGGACUGAAAUUGAGUGGUAUCCUGGGAAAAACCUUACACAGAAGAUUCUCAAAAAGAAACCCAAGAAAGGUUCAAAGAAUGCGAAACCUAUUACUAAAACUGAAGAUUGUGAGAGCUUCUUCAACUUUUUCAAUCCCCCACAAGUCCCUGAUGAGGAGGAGGAUAUUGAUGAAGAAACUGCUGAUGAGCUGCAGGGUCAAAUGGAGCAUGAUUAUGACAUCGGGACCACCAUAAGAGAUAAGAUCAUCCCUCAUGCUGUUUCCUGGUUUACCGGUGAGGCUGUGCAAGCUGAGGAUUUUGAGGACAUGGGUGAUGAUGACGAGGAUGAUGAUGAUGAUGAUGACGACGAUGAGGAUGAAGAUGAGGACGAGGAUGAUGAGGAUGAGGAAGAAGAAAGCAAACCGACGAAGAAGUUGGGCCGCAAACAAAAGUUACCGCAGAAGGUUGGCUCACAAGGAAAUGCUGAACAACCAGCGGAAUGCAAGCAGCAGUAAACUGUCCUGGUGUGCACUGGUUUCCUUGUGCUGGCUUUGGUUGUUGGUCGACACAGUAUUUUCCAUUGAACUGCCAAUGAGCUUUGUUGAUCAUGUUGUGAGCGGGUGAGGUUAUAUUCGUUGAGUUGAUAUAUCAACGUGGUUUUGUUAGGCGGUGAGAGCUUGUCUGGGGCACUUCGUGCAGUGCUGGUGGAUGGUUUGGGGCUUCUAUGUUAGCGUAUUAUGUUGUAGUUACAUGCAAUCGGAUGAUAUUCUAUGAUUGUAAUUAUAUUUGCACCUAUGCUGAUAAGGGCCUUAGCAAUUUGGCCGAGGCUGAUUGCCGAUUCUACCUUGGUUCA